AUGUCCCAACAACAGAAGCUACCGAGUAACAAUUACUUUGAGGAUAAUAUCGACCUAGAACUCCAUUUGAGUGAUCUGGAGGACGAUGCGAAGAUUGACGAAGCACUCACUGAAUUGGACAUGAAAGACCUUGGUAUAGAAGGAGAGGAGUUAGAUGAUGAUGGUGAUGAUGUAGAACCGUUGUUUAUACCUUCGGACGAUGAGGACGAAGAUUUCAAGGACAUUUCUGACGAUGAUGAUUACGAUGAUGAGUAUAACUUCAAGGAUGCCCUUAAAGGUGCCAGUAACUUCAAAGUAAGGAACAGAAGAGAGAAAUUAUCGAAGAAUAACAAGUCGUAUUACAGGAAACGAAUGAUGAGAGCCGAUAAUCGUGACUUGGACCCUGAAGUACGAAUGAACUUAUCUCUUGCAAAUGAGGCAUUUGUUCGUAAUGAUUUACAAGUUGCACAACAAUUAUACGUUGACGUUAUUAAAAAGGAUCCAAAGAAUUUUAGUGCUUAUAAAGCGAUUGGAGAAAUUUACAAAUCACAAGAGAAGUUAGACGAAUGUUGUAGUUCUUGGCUUUUGGCUGCUAAUUUACAUCCUUGGGAUAGUGACUUUUGGGGACAAGUGGCAGAAUUAUCAAAUGAAUUAGGCCAUAUCGACCAAGCUAUUUAUUGUUAUACUAGAGCUAUAACCUCAGACACUAAACGAAGUGCCAAUUUUAUUCUUGAAAGGGCACUUCUUUACAAGGAAAAACGACAAUUUGGUAAGGCUUUAGACGGAUUUCAGAAAAUUCGUCAGUUGUAUCCUCAAGAUACCAACAUUAUAAAAUAUUUGGCUGGGGUUUAUCUGGAACAGAAGCGUUUAAAUGAUGCCAUAAACUUGUACAUGCGAAUCCUAGAUCAAAAUAUUAAUCCUGAUACAGAUAGUGAUGAUCAGUAUCCAAAAUUUGACUGGCCAGAGUUGAACAUCUUAUUGGAAUUGCACGUUCAACAUCGUUCUCUUAAACUUGGUAUCAAUGUAUUAAAGCUAGCGGCAAGAUGGAUUCAAGGAAGGAUGGAUGAAACAUGGUGGGAUGAGAAUGAUGAUUCCGAAUUUGAUUCAAAGAGGCGAUUCAAGAAAUUGAACCACUUGAAAUCUCGGGACUUAGCUGACUUCAAAACAAAACCAUAUGAUCUUCCGAUAGAUAUACGAUUCAAGCUAGGAAUACUUCGAUUGGGGUUGGACCAAAAGGAAGAGGCAAUGCAUCAUUUUGAGUAUUUAUUAGACGACAACCAGGCUGCAAUUGCAGAUUUGAAUUUUGAAGCUGGUAAACAAUUGCAGGAAUAUGGUUACUACGAGGAAGCGUUGACAUUUCUUACUCGUGCGUUUGGUAAUGAGGAGUUAGUUUCGAGUUUCGAUUUAGUUACAUUGUUGGGAAAAUGUUAUUUUGAAAUCGCUGAUUAUGCCGAGGCAAAAGAAGCAUAUGAAGAGUUAUUGACCCAUUCACCCAAUAAUGUCGACUUUAAAUUGGCUCUAGCUGAAACAUUAUAUCACUUAGGUGAUGAUGCCCAAGCUGAAGCAUUAAUCAAUGAGGUGCAAAUGGUUAACCAGAAGAAUUUGAAAAAGGAAAAGCCACUCGACGAACCAGCAGAGGCUGAAGGGUUUUCCCUAAUUAGAAAUAAGAUGAGAAAGACUCCAAAGAGGGCGAAAUUGUCAGAGCAAGAGAAGGAGGAAAUAGAAGCUAAUGCAAAGAGGAAAGUUUUGGAAAAGUAUGGUCGAAUGGAGAGAUUGCAAGAAUCUAUGAACUUGGGUGAUCGGGUAGCUAUAGCUGCUUGGAUUCAGUUGGCAUCUCAGUUAAUUGAAAUGUUUACCAGUAUUAAAAGUUUUUUCCCAAAAGAUAGAUCAAAGAGAUUUAAAGGAAUCAUACGGUAUCGUACUCGUAAAGAUAUUGAUUUGGAUGAGAAAUUAGCUCGUGCUUAUAAUCUCUUGGAAGGGUUCAAUCUGGAAGAGACUUUCACUCGUCAAACUUUGGUUUCCAAAACUGAGUUUAGAGGACUAACGUAUGACCAAUGGUUUGAUAUUUUUGCACAAUUUGGCCUAGUCAUGUCAAAAUAUGAAAACAAUACCGAAUACGCUGAUGAUAUUAUAAAUAUUGCAUUAUCGGUUAACAUAUUUGUUCAUGACAAGAACAAAGAUGCAAUGUUGAGAUUACUAAAGCUUAUGUUUGGAAUCAAACAAGAACAAGCUGCCACCACGGUGUUUCACAACAUCAGAACUUUUUUACUUCAAAAUCAAUUUAGUCCCUAUAUGUGUCAUUUAUUCUUCUGCUGUUAUGCAUCAGGGGCAGUAUUUGCAGAAACGUUUUCCUGUUAUAAUCACCAAAAGUUUUUCCUUCGUCAGAUUAAAGCCUAUGACUCGUGCUUCAAACAGGAACCUGUGUCGGGUAUGCCUAACAUCACGGCCAAUGUGGGGGAUAUUCAAUUAGGUCACUCCCAUCCUGACUUGAUUUACAUUUAUGCGAAUUUACUCGGUGGUAAAGGAAGUCAUUCGUCUUUGGUAUUUUACCUCAAUCGAGCAUACAGGUACUUUUCCAAAGAUUCAAUGAUUUGUUUGGUACUAGGCUUAGCUCAUGUUCACAGGUCAAUGCAAAGAUUAAGUUCAAAUCGACAUAUCCAAUUAUUACAGGGAAUAAGCAUCUUGUUGGAAUACAAAACCAAUAGACUUCGGACGAACCCAACGAUUUACGAAAAACAAGAGAUUGAGUAUAAUUUUGGUAGGUUGUUUCACAUGUUGGGAUUGACUACUCUUGCUGUUGGUCAUUAUAACAAGGUAUUGCAAAUACUGGAUGAUGAAGAUGAUAUUGAAGAUGAUUAUGAUUUGAAAUGGGAGGCAGCUUACAACUUGUCUUUGAUUUACAGUGUUAAUGGGAAUUCACAAAUGGCGCGAUAUUUGACUGAAAAGUAUUUAACGAUGUAA